CAGACCGUUCGGUGGUGUCGCAAUCCACGUGUCUGAAAUACACGCUCUUUAAUUAAGAACGUACAUGCGGUACGGAAUGUAUAUUUUCCGUAAUUUUUUGUAGCGUUUUACCGGUUUUUCACAGAGUGUCGUUUUUUUUUCUCACCAGUGUUUGUCUCCUUACUAUAGCAACCAUCAUGUCGAUGUAUAAUUUUAAGAAAAUAACCGUCGUUCCGACGUCAAAGGACUUCAUCGACAUUGUGCUGUCUAAGACACAGCGCAAGACACCUACGGUCGUUCACAAACAUUACAAGAUCAGUCGUAUCCGUCAAUUUUACAUGCGCAAAGUCAAAUACACCCAGCAGAAUUACCAUGACAAACUCACGAUGAUUAUCACCGAUUUUCCAAAAUUAGAGGACAUCCAUCCGUUUUAUGCUGAUCUAAUGAAUGUUCUCUAUGACAAAGAUCAUUACAAGCUCGCUCUUGGACAGAUCAACACUGCAAGACAUCUCAUUGACAACGUUGCCCGUGACUAUGUACGCCUCUUGAAGUAUGGAGACACUCUUUACCGUUGUAAGCAGCUCAAGCGUGCUGCUAUGGGUCGCAUGUGCACCAUCAUGAAACGCCAGAAUCAGAGUUUACAGUAUCUGGAACAAGUCCGCCAACAUUUGUCUCGUCUACCGUCGAUCGAUCCCAACACACGCACACUGUUGCUGUGUGGUUUCCCCAACGUUGGAAAGUCAAGCUUCAUGAACAAGGUCACCAGAGCAGACGUGGAAGUUGAACCCUACGCCUUCACCACCAAGUCUCUGUACGUAGGUCACAUGGAUUACCGUUACCUACGCUGGCAGGUCGUGGACACACCAGGAAUCCUGGAUCAUCCAUUGGAGGAUAGGAACACCAUUGAGAUGCAAGCCAUCACGGCAUUGGCUCAUCUUAGGGCUGCUGUACUCUACAUCCUGGACGUGUCGGAGCAGUGUGGUCAUUCCGUCGAAGAGCAGGUGGAGCUGUUUGAAAGUAUCCGCCCGCUGUUCUCUAACAAGCCUCUGAUUGUGUGCGCAAAUAAGACGGACAUCGUGACCUUGGAUGAACUAGCUCCUGAGAAAAAGGCAUUCCUCGAUAAAUUUAAGGAAGAUGAUAUUCCAGUUAUCAGCAUGAGCACAGUAACCGAGGACGGGGUCAUGGAGGUCAAGACAGAGGCUUGUGACCGUCUCUUAGCCCAGAGAGUUGAUAUGAAGAUGAAGGGAAAGAAAGUCACAGAGGUUCUUAAUCGUCUCCGAGUCGCCAUGCCAGCUCAGAGGGAUACCAAGCCGAGGCCACCAUGCAUCCCAGCUGCCAUCGCCAACCGCUCCAGCCAGCACGCCAUGGACGUAGACCAACCCAAACGCAAGCUGUACCGAGACUACGAGCUGGAGGCAGCCGACGAUUACAUCCUGGACCUCCAGAGGGAGUGGGACGUCAAGGAGGACGAGAAAGAUGACAUCAUUCCCGAGAUGUGGAUGGGACACAACAUCAUUGAUUACGUGGAUCCGGAGAUCGAGGCCAAGCUGGAGGAGUUGGAACGUGAGGAGGAGCUGAGAGAACAGGCUGGGAUGUACGAUGACGACGAGUCGGAUGAAGAUGAUGACAUGAAGGAGAUAAGAAAAACUGCCAAGAAGAUUCGUGACAAGAAGACACUGAUCAUGAAUGCAUCAAAGGAGAAACGUCGCAUUAAUAAACCUCACAUGCCUCGACCAGCACAACCUGUCAAGAGGAAGAGAUUCAUGUCUGAGAUGACAGAAUUAGGGGUUGAACCAGCAGAGGACGGACACUACACCAGGACACGAUCCCGUAGCAGAACACCAGUGGUAGCUAAGAGACAGCGUAAAGACUCUAGAGGGCGCUCUAUCAGCAGUACGCGCGUACCAAGAGAUCUCUCAGGCGUUAGAGACAGCGUACAACAAACGAAGGUGGAGAAAAUGAGAAAGGUCGUCCAACGCAAGAGCAACAUGUUGGCCAAGAAAGGUGAAGCUGAUCGUAAGAUCCCGAGUAAGAUGCCCAAGCAUCUCUUUGCCGGGAAGAGAAAAGGAGGCAAGACAAGCAGACGUUAACAACAACUAUUGUUUUUAUCGUUUUUAUUGCAAAAGGGGGCUAUUCUGUCUUUACUCUAUUGUUAGACAGCGUGACGUAAGGUCAGGGCUCAAAAUUUACGAAGGACCAGAGGCCAGUGAUUUGAGCACCGUGGAAAGUAAACCUAAGUGCACAGCCAUAAUCAUUGCAAGGGUCGUGGGUUCGAAUCCCACCCGAGUAACAUGCCUGUGAUAUUUUUUUCCCAGAACUCGGGAAAG